ACAAAUGAAAAUUGACAAUAAGUUACUACUCCACGUAAACAAAAGCUCUCAUCAAUGCUAAGCCGAAGAUUUGAUUUAAAGAAUAUCAACCGCCAGUUUUAAAUCAAUCUACAGUUCAUAAAUUCGUCAAAAAAGACAUGUUUCCAAAUUUCUGCUUCACGAAAUCGGUUAGACAGUCGGGCUACGAUGUUAUAAAGAAAGGCUAUACCGCUGAGGACAAUCGCCAUUCCGCCCGCUUAGUGACGUCAGCAACCGGCGAAAGGAACCGCAAUCGGUCGGAAGUCCGCUACUCCGCCGCUCCCAAACGUCCCAAACACCAGAGGAAUAUUUCCAAAUCCAGUUCCUCACGGGCUAAGGCUCCGUCCCCCAGAAGUGUGGGAUUCCAGCUGACCCCCGUUGUUUGUUCGAGUAAAAAGAAUAGCCGAGAAACAGCCGGCGACGAUUGUCAGAAGGAUAAAAUGCCAUCUAGUCCCAACAACGACCCCAAUCGCGAACUGCAGGAAUCCUUCGCCGACUUCUUCAGCAUUAUUCACGACAAUGUCCUGGAGUCGGUGCAGGAGGCCGUGCAGCGAAUGGUGUCCAAGUGCUUCGAGGAGUCCUUGACUAAGAUGGACCGACUGUCCAAGGAGCUGGAGCAGCAGGCAACGCUGCUCAACAAAAUCCAUCGCGAUGUCACGAACAAAAUUAGUGCUCAGAGUGAAACGAACUUGAAUCAAUUCAAGUUCGUAACCCAAAUGCUCAUCGAUAACCAAACCGUGCACUACAGAGCUCUCAAUCAGGUGAAGGUGAACAGACAACGACGCAAGGAGGAACGGGAUUUGGAGAAGGACCGGAAACAGGAGUGGGAACGGAAGCGAAAGUGCGCCUGUAAGGAGGUGCAGAAUGAACGGGUUCAACGGUGCAGGAGUUCCAGCGUAGAUCUAUCGAAGAGACACACAGGUGGCGAUGCAAGGGAAUUAAUGUCGAAAGCGCCACAGCAUCAAUUGUCUGAGCAGCAAGCGCCUCUGGUUUAUCAAAUGUGCAGGUCCUGCACUAAUCAGGAACCAAUUGAAAGAGGCAAAAGAGUUUCCAGGUCCUCAUCGAAACAUACAAACACCCCUGUUCUGCGAGGGCGAUCCACUUCUUACAGCAUGCCGGAUCUCUCCGGUCGCACUUCGUCUAUUUCUGGGCGGUUCUCUCAGCCUCAGCCUUCUUCAAGGACUUCCAAGAGCUGCUUAUGCCGCUCCUUAAGCAAAAACCAACCAGAACAGAUUGUCUGCCUUCCAGCCAUGACCUAUCCGCCCUACGUCCGCAAUUGUCCAGUGCCCCGGCGGAGGUUAGUCCGCCGUUUAAAAUAUGGAGCAAAUCAUGUGGAUGGCAAAUAGGAAUAGUCUUUUAUUUACAUUUUGUGUACAAAAUCUGAUUUGUCAGCCAGUUGCACUGCAUGGCUAAGGCAUCCUGUACACUUGGAAUCCUUUUCAUGUUUUGCAACUGGCGGUUUCAACAGACAGUCGAAAUUAUGAAAAUAAUCUUAAAAAGUGUGCUCAAGUUUUACCCCAUUUUACCAAUUACAAUAAAAAAUAUUAAAAUUGCA